CGCCGCUGAGGAUGGGAACGAGGAGGCAGACAGCAAGCCAGCUGCCUCGGCUCUCCUUUGGCCUCCCCUCGCGAGGGGCCCCACCCCGGCUUCCCCCGGCCCUCGCGCCACCCCCACCCCACCCUCUGCCCUCCCUUCUCCCUUCUCCCUUGUCCCAUUUCCCUUUCCCGCCGCUCCCCACCCCUGACCCCGCCACGGCCUCCUUCUCACCCGGCCCCAGUGCCAUGAAGCUGACGGACAUCGUGCUACGGAGCUUCCGCGUGGCCAAGGUGUUCCGGGAGAACUCGGACAAGAUCAACUGUUUGGAUUUCAGCCCCAAUGGCGAGACGGUCAUCUCCAGCAGCGACGACGACUCCAUCGUCCUGUACGACUGUCAGGAGGGCAAACCAAAGCGAACGCUGUACAGUAAGAAGUACGGAGUGGACCUAAUCAGAUACACCCAUGCAGCCAACACCGUAGUGUACAGUUCUAACAAAAUAGACGAUACAAUCCGCUACCUGUCCUUGCAUGAUAACAAAUACAUCCGGUACUUCCCAGGACACAACGAGAGGGUGGUAGCCUUGUCCAUGUCGCCAAUAGAUGACACCUUUAUCUCUGGGUCCCUGGAUAGAACCAUCCGGCUCUGGGAUCUCCGGUCUCCUAACUGCCAGGGCCUCAUGCAUCUCCAGGGACAACCAGUUUGUUCUUUUGAUCCAGAAGGAUUAAUUUUUGCCGCUGGGGUCAAUUCUGAAAUGGUUAAACUUUAUGAUCUUCGUUCUUUUGAUAAGGGGCCAUUUGCUACCUUCAAAAUGCAGUAUGAUAGGAGCUGUGAGUGGACAGGCUUAAAGUUCAGCAAUGAUGGCAAACUCAUCCUUAUAUCUACUAAUGGCAGUUUUAUCAGCCUGGUUGAUGCAUUUAAGGGAGCAGUGAUGCAUACGUUUGGGGGCUAUAACAACAGUAAAGCCGUCACAUUGGAGGCCUCCUUCACCCCAGAUUCUCAGUUUAUUAUGAUCGGCUCCGAUGAUGGUACGAUUCACAUCUGGAAUGGAGAAAGUGGCAUAAAGGUGGCUGUGCUGGAUGGGAACCACACUGGUCCCAUAACCUGUUUGCAAUUCAAUCCCAGGUUUAUGACCUUUGCCAGCGCAUGUUCUAACAUGGCAUUCUGGCUGCCCACCAUUGAUGACUGACCAUUUAUCAGCAGCGUCUGUACCCUGAAGGGCAGCCAGGAAGAGGAGAAAAGGGACUGAGUAUUGGGAUUAUGUCGUUCUGUCCUGAAGCAUCCUUCUACCCAGCCCUUCUUGUGGACGCUGCUAUACAUCAUUUUUUUAAAAGUCUCCUUUGCUGCAUUCCUUCAAAAAGGAUACUUGGUGCUACAGACCUGAAGUUGGAUCCAGAUUUUCUAGCUGUGGCCGGUAUCAAGCUCCUCCUGAGGGGUGAGCUGUGUCAGGCUCAUGGGUAUCAGUGUGGACCCUUGGCAUAGCCUCCUCUUUUGAAUAUAUAGGGGGCCUAUAAAA